AUGAAAGGACUGAUGAGAACGUUCUUAACAAUCUUUUUGGAGAAGAUAACAAGGGGAAGAAGAAAAAGAAAUAUUUUGGUUUGUUCAUUUUGAAAAAAAUACUGUACACUUUGAAGUUUUUUUAUCGAUUGACUUUGUGUAAAAAAAUUUUUCAAAAAUUGUUACACAGAAUAUUUUUUUCAGUCUUUUUUUCAUAAUUAUGAUUUUUGAGUAUUCUCAUCAAAAAAAUCAAUUCAUAAUAAAAUAUAUGAAAUUCAUAAAUGUGUAGUUCCAACUUCGUGGAUUUACAGAAUCCGCGCUAUAACCUAAAUGAAAGCUUACUAGUUGGACCAAAAGGGAUUCCCAAUCUGAGAAAGCUGUUCAAGAACUACGUUCCCGAUCAGAGAGAAGAUCCGGUAACUUAAACAGAAGCAUUUAUUUUAUAAUUUUUUUUUCUGUAGUACGUCAACUUGAGAACUCUAAUGAAGAAGUACGAGCACUGGGCUCAUCUGAUGUUUCCCAGCUCCAAGUUCGAAGACGUCGUCUCACGAUGCGAGAAUUUAGGGAAGAAACGACGCGUGAAAGUGGGUUUUUGUUAUGUUUUCUAUUGUACUCGGUCGAAAUCGGAAUGGUGGAUAAUGGUCGCUAAAAGGGAGAGACUCAAAAAAGGCCGGCGAAAGGCAGCAAAAAGAUUCCCUUUAUCGGGCCUUUCACUUUUUUCUAGGAUUUUACAGACUCAAGAAAUGAUGGGAAAGGGAGAGGCAGCAAAAAUGGUGCAUAAGAACCGAUGAAAUAGCGCAAAGAGGCAGAAAAAAGAAGCUUUUGUCACCCUAAGAGGAACAUUUAUGGUGCCUUUUUGACCAUUUCCGACUUUGCUCAUGAUAACACCAUAUUCUCUACAUUUCCAAUAAUCGUGGUAUGAAUUCUCCUUUAUUCAAGGUCUAUAUGAUAAUAACUCGCAUGGAUCAGUUGGACAACGACGAAGAAAUGAGAGACGAACCAGAUAGAAGAGUUCGAAAAGAAAAAAACCUGAAUAUUAUUGACGACGGCAAAGAUGAUGGCGAAGAAAUAGGAGGUAAGGCUGAUUGAAUAUGCCUCGAAAUCGGAAAUAUGAUGCAGAGAAGCAUGUGGAAAGGCGAGAAGAUGAGGAUUUCGAAGCGGAGUUCCGUUCGGUAGAGGAAGAAGAGAGACGCAAAGCAGAAGAACGGCUCGCCCAAGAAAAUGAAGAAUUACUCAAUGACUUUGACUCUAAUGACUGGUAA